CCGCUGAGCAGAUGUGUGUGUGUGAGAAGACGAAGAGGACGCAGGUUUUUACUGAGUGCAGGAAUCGCUGUAGAAAGGGAGUGACGAGCUGCAGGGACACGAAAAAGUAAAGAUGUCGUUCGCCGGUGACAAACUGUACGAUGGAUACAUACGGCGGAAUAUGGCAAUCAUCGUUUCCAAGGUGAAACCGAGAGAAAUAAUGAUGCAUCUGCCUUGCCUGACUGCUUACGACAGGGACGUCAUUGAGGCAAAAACUGAGACAAGUGGGAAUUAUCAAGGCAUGAUGCUUCUUUUGGACUGCCUGAAAAGAAGAGAAAACUGGCCCGAGCAGUUCAUUGAGGCACUUGAGGCAUGUGAGAAGAGAACCAUUGCAGCGGACAUCAGAGCAGAAUACAACGCUCUAACAGAUGUUAACAAUUCCAACCCCAGCUCCUCUCCAACGUCUGUUGUCACGGCACACGUCCACCCAGCACCAUCUGCCGGUCAUCUGCCCAUUCCAGAGAGUGGUGAUAACAGUCGGGAUGCUCUAGCUCUGCCAGCUGUAGCUCCUUCAGCUCCUCCAGCUCCCCCAGAGCCAGCUAUCCAGGCCCCACCCUCUCCGAAAAUUCCAACACUGCCACAACCCCCCCAGAGUGCAGCAGACCCAGGUCCCAAAGUUGUUUCCCCACCUGAGCCUGUCCCUGAGCCUCCAAAGUCAACACAGAUUGAAGUGGCACAUCCUCCAUCAACACCUCCUGCUUCCCCCAAGACCACACACAUUCGGGUGACAUCCACAGAGAGAGAAAUUAAUUUUCGCAAGGAGCCAGAGGAAAACUCUGAAUCAGAUAUCCAAAAUAUUGCUGCUGGAGCUCAGGUGGGCUCUGGAGAUGGUGCCAUUUCUGUCAACAGGGAAACCACUCCUCCACCACAACAUCCAACUGAACACCAUGAAGCCGAUCCUCUCAGAAACAGGAUUACCAAAAAGAACAAGGAGCCAGAGAGUCCACCUGAAGCCCAGAUCAACUCUGAUGUGACUGAUGGACCCUCUUUCUAUACAAGGACCCCAGAGAAGCCUCCGGUCCAGGACAGCACUCCUCCAUUGAACAAAAAUCCUGAUGCUGUCUCACAGACUGAAGAGAUUUCUGGGCCUCCUUCUACACAGAUUGUUGAAACUGCAGCUGAAGCCUCCCCCAGGCCUAGUACUCCGGUGAUGGAGGCCUCUCUUAAUGAUGAUGUUUGUCUGAGCAAGCCAGGGCAACUCGUCAGCAUCCAACCGCAAAAUCAACCCAGUCCUACUAUCCUCGCGUCCAGCUCAGAGCCGCAGCCCUACUCGGGCAACACUGAGCGUCUGGAAAUAAGUGAAGCUCCACCGGAUGACGUGUCCUCUUUCGACUCCACAGUUACUACAGUCACGCCACUGCCAUGCCAGGAGACCGGCUUCGCUAAUCUCAACUAUAACGAACCUGAGGAGAACCAGUUUGAGUCACCGUGUCAAAGCUUUGAAACACAGGAGCUGGUGAUACAUGCGUCCGGUGAGCCAUCUAUCCCUAACCUAGACGUCAAUGGUGAAACGGCCAAAGAAAUCUCCUCGGCACCACCGUCAUUCCCACAUGCUGCUGCUGAUUCUGGGAGUUUAAACACCACCUUCAAAGCAGGAGAAGAGCCAGCAGAUACUUCAGCUCCGUGGACCCGUCUCAGCCAAUCACCUAACGCAAAGUACAUUCUGGCCGCUGCAGGAGUGGGUGCCUGUGCAAUGCUGAUGGUGUGGAGGUUUAACAAAUAAGGGGAUAUAAUACCUGGAAUGAAAGAGAAGAUUAGACUUUGAGGCUUUUGAAAAGGAUUUUAGGUGCCUUAAUGAAAUCACUGCCAUGGGUUGGCAUGAGGCAGCAGUUUAAUAAUUACCUACAGUAAUUACAGCUGGCUCCGCAGACCUUUGAUCACGUCACUAAUGACCAUUCUGCUCUUAAGUUUGACAUUUUAUGUCUUUAUUAUUGAGGUUGACUAUAGGGAACAAAAACUAAGUCUACCCUUACUAUUCUAGUUGGGUCACUUCAUAGAACUGGGUUACAAUCUCAGGUUAUUUAUGCACUUGUGCGAUGCAAAUGUGUGUUUUUUAAAGGCGUGUAUUAAUCAUUGUUUGCAUGUUCUCUGACAAGCUAGAUAAGACUGUUGGCUGUCAUCCAGCAUGAGUUAAAGAAUCAAGGACCUGAGUUUGUCUUGUUGGGGACAGGAGUACCAGUAGUUCACCACAGUGUAAAUUCUUUGUUUUUCCCUAUUCAUAGUGGGGAAAUAUGGCUUUAAAUGUAUUUAUUUGUAAAUAUUUAUAUAUAUAUAUGUGUGCUAUAUAGAUACCAUCCAUCCAUCCAUCUUCAUCCGCUUUAUCCGGGCCGGGU